AAGUUCUCUCAGUCAAACUAAUUUCUUCAACAACUCUGCCAAUAAAUAAUCUGAGAGUUUUGAAGUUGAACCCUGUCCAUUACUUUUUUUUCUUCUAGUUCCUUCUGAAUCUUCUUUCAUGGCUUCUGAUUCUCAGACCGCAACUGCAGCUACUUCUGAAAAGCCAUUGGAGAACAAGGUGAACGAGGAAGCUAAGUUGAUGGAGAAAGAUAUUGUUUUGUCGGAAACUGCGGAUGUGGUGAAAGAUACACCGAUUUCAGAUUCAAACCUGACGGUUGCGAAGGAGAAAAUUGAUCAAAAUCCUGCUGGUGAACCGGAGAAAGAAUCACCUGCAGUUGUGGAGGAGGUUGCAGCAGUUGUGAAAGCAGAGGAAUCUACAGAGAAAGGAAAAGAUGAAAAUGGUGAGAAGGUAGCUAAAGAAGAGGAGAUUAAAGAACCAAGCCUUGUGAAAGAGGAUGUUGAAGAGGUUAAUGUUGAAGCUGUUGGUGAGGAGAAAGCAGAAGAAAAAGGGGAAGAUAAAAAUGUUGAGAAGAAGAUAGCUGAACAAGUUGAAAUAAAAGAACCAGCCCUUGUGAAAGAGGGUGCUAAAGAAGUUGAUGUUGAAGCUGUUGUUACAGAGAAAGCGGAAGAGAAGCGAACCGUGGAGAGUGUUGUUGAAGAAGACAACAAGGAUAAGGAGGAGACGAAGGUGGUCGAUGUUUCUGAAUCAACGGAUGAAACUGGAGGCAAACAGGUGGAACCAGAUGAUGUUCAACCUGUUAAAGAUGUCUCUGCAGAGAAUGCCGAAGAAAAAAUCAAAGACGUUGAGGUUCUUGAAGUCGAGCCAAAGCCAGAGGCUUCUGAAAAAUUUGAGACUCAGCCUGAGAAAGCAAAGGAAUUGGCACCAGAAGUUGAAGUAGUAAAGGCAGAAGAAACAUCUGAAACAACAGAACAAGCUAAGGUUGAGGUUGAGCUUGAAGGAAAGUUGGAGGAGAAAAUUGCUGAGACCGAAGAUUCGGGCAUCAACUCCAAGGAUGAAAAAACUUCUGAAUCUGGUUCUGUUUUGUGCCCUGAGGAAAUCAAACCGACAAACCAAGAUUCAGACACUGGCGCCAAAAAGGAGAUUGAAGGAUAUGCUUCUUCUCCUGCUGAUGUCAUUGAUAAGGCCAUUACUGAGGAGAAACAUGUAGUGGAAGAACCAUCAAAGGAUGAAAAAACUUCUGAAUCCGUUUCAGAUUUGUGCCUUGAGAAAGUUGUACCGACAAACCAAGAUUCAGACACAAACUCGAUAACGGAAACUGAAGCUGCUGAGGUCAUUGAGAAGGCCAUUACUGAAGAGAAGCAUGUAAAGGAAGAACCAUCUAAAGAUGAAAAAGAGAAUGUGAGUGAAGCCAUAGAUGUCGUAACUAAAGUACCUACAGAAGAGGAGAACAUCAAGAAAGAUACUGAAACACCAGCUGCAGAUGACAAGGGCGAAGAUACAUUGAAAAAAACUGAGACAGAAUCAAGAGAGAAGGAAACUGAAGCAAACAAACAAAAGGAAUCAGUGACAGAGAAAAUAGCAGAGGUUGUAGAAAAUACACCUGUUGUUAAAGAGAAGGACGAGCCGAAACAAGAACCAGAAGUCACAACCAAAGAAGUUGCUGUGAAGCAAAAACAAUCAAACAGCAUAAUGUCAAAGGUGAAGCAAUCUCUUGUUAAGGCUAAGAAAGCAAUCAUUGGAAAAUCUCCAAGCUCUAAGACUAUCUCAACUGAAGAAGCCAAAGAAGAAACUAAAGUCAAGUGAUAAAGAGUCAUGGGUUCAUUGAAAGUAUUUCAGGUAUUUUGAUUUAUUUUGUUGGUUUUGCUUCGUGUGGGAAAAAAACAAAAACAGAACAUUCUUUUUCUUUGUUUUUUUUUUGGCUUUGUGAGGUUGUAACUUAUAUCUGUAAACCUACAAAGAUUUGGCUUUGUGUUAUGGAUGUGUGUUGAGAAAUUUCCUGUCAUGAACGUAGUUCAUCAUU